GACACUCGCCAAUCCGUGUGUGGUUCCGAUCCGGACUUCAUUUCCCCGAAGGCGUCGCGGCCUGAGGAGACCCGUUGGGUCCUCAGCGUCUUGGCGGCAGUUGGUGGAACCGGAGCUUCGAGUCCGUCCCCGGUGCUGCCUGCGCGUUCACCUGAGUCUCGCUGGAGAUCUUCUCGCCCGCCCACCUCAUCUCAACCCACUUUCCGCGGGGAGCGGCGCCAACCUGGGACUUCCUUGGAUCAGGCGUCCCCUGAAGUCGGCACGCCCCUCCGCGUCCCCCUUCGGCCCCGCUAGGACCCCGUCCGGGCUGCCGUUGCCUCGUCGCCAUGGCGCCCACCAUCCAGACCCAGGCCCAGCGGGAGGAUGGCCACAGGCCCAAUUCCCACCGGACUCUGCCUGAGAGGUCUGGAGUGGUCUGCCGAGUCAAGUACUGCAAUAGCCUCCCUGAUAUCCCCUUCGACCCCAAGUUCAUCACCUACCCCUUCGACCAGAACAGGUUUGUCCAGUACAAAGCCACUUCCUUGGAGAAACAGCACAAACAUGACCUCCUGACUGAGCCAGACCUGGGGGUCACCAUCGAUCUCAUCAAUCCUGACACCUACCGCAUCGACCCCAAUGUUCUUCUAGAUCCAGCUGAUGAGAAACUUUUGGAAGAGGAGAUUCAGGCCCCCACCAGCUCCAAGAGAUCCCAGCAGCACGCGAAGGUGGUGCCAUGGAUGCGAAAGACAGAGUACAUCUCCACUGAGUUCAACCGUUACGGCAUCUCCAAUGAGAAGCCUGAGGUCAAGAUUGGGGUUUCUGUGAAGCAGCAGUUUACCGAGGAAGAAAUAUACAAAGACAGGGAUAGCCAGAUCACAGCCAUUGAGAAGACUUUUGAGGAUGCCCAGAAAUCAAUCUCCCAGCAUUACAGCAAACCCCGAGUCACACCGGUGGAGGUCAUGCCUGUCUUCCCAGACUUUAAGAUGUGGAUCAAUCCAUGUGCUCAGGUGAUCUUUGACUCAGACCCAGCCCCCAAGGACACGAGUGGCGCAGCUGCGUUGGAGAUGAUGUCUCAGGCCAUGAUUAGGGGCAUGAUGGAUGAGGAAGGGAACCAGUUUGUGGCCUAUUUCCUGCCUGUAGAAGAGACGCUGAAGAAACGAAAGCGGGACCAGGAGGAGGAGAUGGACUAUGCACCAGAUGAUGUGUAUGACUACAAAAUUGCUCGGGAGUACAACUGGAACGUGAAGAACAAAGCUAGCAAGGGCUAUGAGGAAAACUACUUCUUCAUCUUCCGAGAGGGUGACGGGGUUUACUACAAUGAGUUGGAAACCAGGGUCCGCCUUAGUAAGCGCCGGGCCAAGGCUGGGGUUCAGUCAGGCACCAACGCCCUGCUUGUGGUCAAACAUCGGGACAUGAAUGAGAAGGAACUGGAAGCUCAGGAGGCACGGAAGGCCCAGCUAGAAAACCACGAACCGGAGGAGGAAGAGGAAGAGGAGAUGGAGACAGAAGAGAAAGAAGCUGGGGGCUCAGAUGACGAGCAGGAGAAGGGCAGCAGCAGUGAGAAGGAGGGCAGUGAAGAUGAGCGCUCGGGCAGCGAGAGUGAACGGGAGGAAGGUGACAGGGACGAGGCCAGUGACAAGAGUGGCAGUGGUGAGGACGAGAGCAGCGAGGAUGAGGCCCGGGCUGCCCGUGACAAAGAGGAGAUCUUUGGCAGUGAUGCUGAUUCUGAGGACGAUGCCGACUCUGAUGAUGAGGACAGAGGACAGGCCCAAGGUGGCAGUGACAAUGAUUCCGACAGCGGCAGCAAUGGGGGUGGCCAGCGGAGCCGAAGCCACAGCCGCAGCCGCAGCCGCAGCGCCAGUCCCUUCCCCAGUGGCAGCGAGCACUCGGCCCAGGAGGAUGGUAGUGAAGCUGCAGCUUCUGAUUCCAGUGAAGCUGAUAGUGACAGUGACUGAGUCCCAGGGCAUUCAGGGCUGGUUCAGACAUCAGACAUCAUUAUUGUGAGCAGGAAGGCACUUUUCUAGUGGUCUGUUUGUGAGCCUUUCACUUGUUUGUUCCCCACCCCCAAACCUUUGCUGUUAAUAAAGUCAACUUCUCUUUACUUCCCC